AUGAAUUCUACAUUCACGUCGACUGACUCCGUUACUUGGGUCAACAUAUCGCCCCACACAAGCAAGCUAGGAACUGGCGAGCUCACGGAGGAAGAAGAAGCUGAGUUGAUCGCUUACCUUCAAGGACGGUCCAUAUCAACAGCGGAUGGUCAGGUCGCAAGCGACACCGCCAAUCUGGAGUCUCCGCACAUGCAAGAUCCAGAGUUUUGGGUUGAGAUCCGGCGUCUCGAGCAGCAAAACCGACGGAGGCUUCUGGAAGACAAGAAGAUCCACGCUGUCGCGCACUCUACGCCACAAGCUGGCGUUGAUAGCGAUGCAAAGCGUCGUGAAGAAGCUCGUGCUGCCAAGAAGAUAGACGAGGCGCCGCGAACAGGCACUGAAUACCAGAAGCAUGGAAAGGCAGACGCGACAAACGAGUUCUAG